GUAAGGAGUUUCAGUACAGAGUUGCUAUCAGACUUGAUUCAACCAUGUCUCAACCUAAACCAGUCCAGAAGCGCAAUGUUAUAGUUAUCGGCAAAACAGGGACAGGGAAAUCUACAGUUGCUAACAAAAUUGCUGGAUAUGGUAACUUCGACGUAUUUCAUACAUCCCAAAGUGGCACUCCCAAAGUUAGCCAUUGCGAAACUACGAUGGAUGAUCCAGAAACUAACGUACGAUACGAUUUCAAAGUCAUAGACACAAUUGGCCUGUUCGACCAUAGACUUAGUCUUUAUCACAAAAUUAUGAACAAAGAAAUCAUGGAUAGAAUAAAAGUGUACUUAAACGAUGUUAUACCUGAAGGGAUUACUUUGGUGAUGUUUGUCUUCAGAAAGGGACGUUUCACCCAGGAAGAAGAGGACACCUUCAACUACAUCACUGAAAACUUUAGGAACGACAUCUCGGAAAUCUCUACUUUAGUAAUCACCAAUUGUGAGAAUGACGACGACGAAGGAAGACAAGACAUCAUUGAAGACUUCACAAAAAGCCAAAGAGCAACUGCAAACUUCAUGAAGAAAGGCAUUCAUGCAGUGGGCUUCCCCGACAUUCAAAAAGUGAAGCAAAAACUAAGAGCUGCUUUUCAAGAAGACAUUGAAAAGGACACGGAAAAGCUUAGAGAUCUGGUGAAAAAAGCUGAUGAAAUGCGUCUCGGCAAAAAACUCUUUGAACCAACAAUCUGGGAAAUGGCAAGUAGCUGCAUCAUCCUUUGAACACUGAAGCAACCACACCGAAGUAUUAAAAUAACUCAGUUAAGGAUACUGGACAUUAAAUACUGUAAUUCAAGUUUAUUGAGACUAUUACGAUUACUGACAUAGUCUAUCUGACCUUAGAUGAAUUUUCUCAUUUGUAAUAAAAUGUUGUUAAACUUCUUUGGAGAAUAAAGUUUUCUUAAA